AUGGCUGCUCAAAGCAAUGGCAGGGCAAAGAAGCCCACCAAGACGUUCGCCAAUGGACAUACCAAUGGGAGCCUCAACGGUGCUGUCAAGACUUCGAAGCUGAAUAGACCCGUCACAUUGUCGCCGUCGCAGAGAAAGCCGCGGAGAACAUUCUCGGGAAUCAUCACAAAUAUCGCCCUGAGAUUAGGGGUGUGGUAUCUCAUCAUCACCUGCGUCUUCCGUUGCCCUUCGUCGUUAACUAAGCUAUCCGAAUCCUCACCAGCCAUUUGCAAGCCGUAUUUGCACGCGCGGGCUUACGUUACACCUUAUGUCGACCCUUACUACCAAGCGUAUGUGGCUCCACAAGCCGCAAGGAUCCAGCCAUACUGGGCUUCAUUUGAUCAGAAGGUGUACACCCCGGUCGCCUCGUUCGCAAAGGACACCUACGCGGUCCAUGGAGCACACCGCGUUGAGAGAGCACGACAUCAUCUGGAAGUGCAAUGGGAGAAGGCGGUACAACCGCAGAUAAAACACUUGAAAGAUUCAGCAAAGGGCCAGUAUGAUCUCCACGUUGGUCCUCAUGUUAACAAGGUCACGGACACCGUCAUGCCGUUCUAUGAACAAACCAGGGACAGUACUUCGGAGAUUUAUCAUUUGACCUUGCGCCCCACUUACGAAGCAAUUCUCCCCUAUCUGCAUCAGGCCUACGUCCACGGUCAUUAUGUCGUCUGGCACAUCAUUCUCCCACAUAUUCGUUCCGCGCAGAACUCCAUCUGGACUUUCACCACGCGCACGGUGUGGCCUCAGCUGAGAGUCCUGUAUGGCGAUAAUGUUGAACCUCAGCUGGUUAGGAUCCGAGAGCGACUGGGCAGACACAGAGAUCAGCAAAAGGUUGAGGCUGUAGUGGGAUCUGCCAGCCUGGAGACCUCCCCAGCCAAGGAGACGAUAGAAACCAAAACGGCUAGCGAAACUGUACAAAUUCAAACGGAAACUAAAUCGGCAGCGUCCCAGGCGCCGUCUGGUUCAGGCUGGGACAUUCUGAAUGACCUAUGGCCUUCUGACCCUCCGAGCACGGAAACCGUGAACGUCGAAUCUCAAACGCCAACUCAGCCCGAAGAGCCAAAACUCACCGGCGCAGAACUCAAAGAAAAGCUCAAGAAUGAUUUGAGGGAAUGGCAGACCAAAUUUGCAGUUGCUGCCGACAAAGGCGCGGAAGAUUUGGAGCAGCGCGUCGCCGAAAUCACCAAACGUCAGGUUGAGCAUGGGGUCAAGGGGCACGGAACCGCCCUGCUCAUUCAGCUUGAAGAGACUGCGAACGCUACCGUUGAGGAUUUCAAGAAAAUCAUCAAGCAAACUGUAAAGGCGAUUUCUGAAGACGCAUCUGAGACGGAACUCGAGGAUGCUUACGAGAAAUGCAUUGCAAAGACUCGCGAACUGGGACUCAGAGUAAAGGAUAAGGCGCAGGCCGUCAGGAACUGGAAAUCAAAAUACAAUGCAGAGACUGAUGCCCUUGUCCGAGCCGCCGUCCGGAGCACAAUGGAAGUCCUCGAACGCAUCCAUGCCUUAGGUCUGCAAGAAGUCGGAAUGCGGUGGGCCUGGACUGAUGGAGUCACGUACAAGGACUGGCAGAAUUACCACAAGCUGCGAAAUACCUUGACGGAGUGGCAGGCGGAAGUGGAAGCAGUUGGCUCCCGGCAUGAGGGUCUCAAAGAUGCUCACGAAGCGGCAAACGAGCUGGAGGAUCAGGCGAUGAACACCGCCUCCAAAAUGGUCGCCGAGCUUGUCCGCCUCAAGGAAGUGUCGAGAUGGAAGAUAUGGGCGGGAGAUGCCACCGACGACUUCUCCAACCGCGUCGUCCCCGCUCGAGUCGCCAAAGCUUCAAAGAGCAUAGUAAGCGGUGUUGAAAACUUGGCAUCAAAAGCUUCCAGUGAAGUCAUAGGUACGGAGACUCCAAAGUCCGAAAGCAUUGCUUCCGCAGUUAAGGAGGGGAUUGCGGCUGCUUCAUCCCAAGCGGCGUCCGGUGCCGGCUCAGCAAGCGCUUCAGUCCGCAGUGCAGCUUCUACCGCCGCGGAAAAGCUUGAGGAAGUUUCAUCUAAGGGUUUCUCCGUGGUAGAUGCUGCAACUUCCUCUGGCAGCAGUGCUGCAUCUGUUGCCUCGGAAAAGGCCGAACAAGCUGCUUCGAGAGCCUCCGAAGCUAUCGCGGGUAGCCCAAGCGACGCCUCCAGCGCCGCAUCUGGCGCGAAGGAGACCAUCAAAUCCAAAGUUCAGAAAGGAACAGAGGCGAUAAGAGACAAGGUCACAUUCGCAUCCCCAGCACCCGAGCGGCAAAAGGUCCUAGGUGGAGCGAUGGCCCAGGCCGUUGGUGAAGCUCGAGAAAUCAUCUUUGACGACGAGGGAUCUGACUCGUACUCCCGGAAACUCCAGGAUAUAGUUGACCAAGCUGGUGACCGUGCUGCUGCUUUGAGCAGUGUUGUCAGUGAAGCUCUUCUGGGUCCAACCAAAACCCAAGGUUCCGUAGAGUCGGUCUCCUCUCUGGCGAAUGAGCAAUAUCAAUCCGCCAUCGCUGCUGCAUCGAGGGUGCUGUACGGCACUGAGCAGCAGCCGGUCGAAAGCUUGACGAGCGUGGCAUCGGAGAAGUUUGCUGCCGCUGUCACUGCAGCGUCCUACGCAAUCUACGGUACCCCAACGCCGACAGCUAUCAUCGAAACAAUCCAUUAUCAGGCUAGUUCGCGGUACAACCAAGCCGUCAGCCUCGCGAACGAGCAAUAUGAGAACGCCAAAUCGCAGCUCUCCGUACUCGUCUCGGGAACGCCAAAGCCGGCUCAUGAAACAAUGUUGUCUCUGAUUGAAAAAGCUUACUCCGACUCAUUGGAGGCUGCUAGUGACAGACUCCGGCUAGCCUUACAAUACACUGGCUCUGUCAAGACCUAUGCCUCUCCCACCCAAGGGUACUUUGAGUCUGCCUCGUCAAUCGCGUCAUCGAAGCUGUCUGAAGGUCUGAGCCUUGCUUCUUCCCAAUUCCGCUCGCAACCAACGCCCCUUGCGGAAGGAGCGCGCAGGCAGUACUAUGAGGCCGUAGGACUCGCGCAUGCGCGUUAUCAAGAGUUCCUCGAUUCCGUCUCCACCGCCAUCUACGGGCCCGAGCAAGGCACCGUUCAAUCAGUGGCAUCGAAGGUGUCCGAGUCAGCUCAGUCUGUCGCUUCUCGAGCCAGCGAAGCCGCCGAAUCUAUCGCGUCUCAGGUUAGCUCAAGUGUCAUUGGAACAGAGACUCCCUGGACAGAAUCGGUUGCAUCCCAAGCGAGCGCAAACUGGGAAGCGCUGAUUUCCAGAGCCAGCACGAGAGUGUAUGGCCAACCAACUCCUUGGGCGCAGUCCAUCUAUUCACAGGCGGGGGAAUACGGCGCUCAAGCUACUGCCCAUGUUGCCGAGCAGUAUCUCGCCGUCCAGGCUCUGGUGUCAGAGCUCGUCAUAGGAAAAGAGCCGGAUUUCACAGAAAGUGUUAUGAACAGACUGUCCUCAGCUUAUUACACCGGACUUCCCGCCGCCGCCUCGUCAGUCAGUUCUUUUGCGAGCGUCAACAUGGAAGCAGCUAGCUCUCUCGCUGGCGAAAGUUACGAGCACGCCACCUCCGUGGCAGCAGAAGCAUACCAGUCGGCCUCAUCAGUGGUCAGCUCCAUCUUCACUCCACCGCCCGCAAUCGAGACUAUCAUGAGCCAGGCCAGCGAGCAACUCAAUGCUGCCGUUGAGAGCGCAUCCAUAGCCAUCUACGGCACUCCAAAGGGGAAGGUCGAGCAAGCCAGCGAAUCCAUUGCGAGUGCGUAUUCCUCGGUCCAGUCAAAGGCCAGUGAAGCCAUCUACGGCACGCAGCAGGCUCAAGAUAGUUUCUCGGCCGUUGCCGCGAGCGCGCAAGCUGCUAUUAGCGAAGCCAUUUUCGGAACUCCCACGCAGACCGGUUUCAUUGCUUCGGCGACCGACGGGGCCGGCAGCGUUUACAGCUCCAUCACCUCCGUCGUCGGCGACAAGGCGGCGGAAGCGGCAGCCGCGGUUAGCUCCAUGAUAUAUGGGUCUCAGCAGGGUGCCGUGGAGAGCGCCAGCAGCAGACUUGCCGCGGCUGUGGAGGCGGCGAACAGCAGGAUCAGCGAGAUGUAUGCGAAUGCGGCGAGUAGUGCCGCCGAGGCAGCGAGUACGGUGGCGAGCGUAGCCACGCAGGCGACGAGGAGUGUCAAAGAUGAGUUGUAG